AUGUUUAGCCGCACUUGCGCCAUCGGCUCGUUUGUCCUGGGCGUCGUGAUCUUCACGGUCACCGUCAUGAGCGUGGUCUCUAUGCAAAGGCAUCCUCACCAGGACAAAGCCCACUUCUUCUAUCGUUCGACAUACCAGAACCUGGUCGGGUAAAUGUAGAAUUUCUCUAAAAACUCUGAUUUUUCAGUGCCUCCCAGUCCUCCUCAGCUCGCUCAUUGCCAUCAAAGUGGCAAUUUUCCUCAGCGACAUUCCGCCGCUUCACAACCUCGCAACAGACAGGAAGGGCUUCGAAAGAAGCUGGCUCAAUUGGGUUUUCCGGAUUUCCUUCGCGUCGAUCUACUCUCUUCUCUUCAUACAGUACUCCGUCCUCGCCAUCUACGCCAGAAUCCGCAUCCAAUUCAAGGCCGUUCCGGCAGUUCGCAGAGCUGUGAGUUCUGUAGCAGAGGCAUUCAGAAUAUAAAAUAGACGUGCAGAAUAGGAAGGAUCGCUUCGUUCUCGCUGCAAUUAUUGUGCUCGGUGUCACCUUCGGGGGUUGGACCCUGCAAUGGCCGGUUCACUUCGAGCGGUUCAAAGACGGCGGAUACGCACUCGUCAGCAAUGCUGUGAGAACUUUCAGCAGAUUCAUCAUGAAUUCACUCAUUUUCAGCCGGAAGAGCAAAUGGAGUACUUCACCGACGCCUUCCUCUUCUAUCAGCUCGCCGCAACUGCUAUUGCUGGCGGCUACAACUUGCUUGGUAUGCACCGUCUGGACCGAGUGCAUUCUCCUCUUGUUCAAUUUGGGCUCUCUGGACUGCUGAUGGUUGUUUUCAUGGCUGGAGGAGUUUUGAACAUGGUAAGAUUGUGUGAACAGAAGUAGAACACUUGUACCGUCGUUGUAGGCGCUGAUCAGAUUGAGCAUCAUCAAAGGCAAUGAGCAGUUGUUUGCUUUGGCGGGGUCCAUUUUCCCAAUCACCUGGGAUCUCAUCACCGGACAAGUCCUUUUGGGGAUCUAUGUUUCGAGCCAUGAUGUACGGAAUUUCAAUUUAUUUAUAAUCCUUCGACAAACUUGCUGAUUUCAGGCGCGCAAACGAUUUCUUCGUCUCUACUGCCCACGCUCCCAACUGAAAGUCACACCCGCCGAACAAGUGGAACUUUCAACGAUGACGGUGAAUCCAGCUCAGUUCACGUCGCUCGAUGCCUGA